AUGGCAAACUUCUCCAGAGUCGUCAUCCACAAAGCCUCCACCGUCGACCCAGCCCGUGCGGUCAGGGCAGCUCGCCUCGUCCGUUCCAUCAGAGGCAGAUACAGAUCCCAGGCCUUCCUGUUCCUGGCCUACCAUUUCUUCCUGUCCGCACCUCUCCACCUCGACGUCUUUGUCCUCUUCUUCAUCCUGGUCAGCAACUUCAUGAACCGCAAGGAAGCCUUUCCCAUUCAAAUGCUCAUGGACGGCGUGCGCUUCCUGCUCGACGAGAGGCGCUUCGUCAUGCGUUGA